ACCCCGGUCGCCAUCGGGUAAAAGGAAGAGCGAGAGCCUUUGUGCACUUUGUUCCUUCGUCUUUUCUCUCUGCUUUUAUUGGCAUAAAUUUCUGGACCUCCUCCGGGAGCAGAUAGCCGUUAGGCAGAACAGGGUCAUUCCAGGAGGAAGCUCUCACUGCAUCCAUCUUAUCUCUCUAGUUUGUCCUUUCUCCUUCUCUCUGCUUUCGUCUUGCUGCCGGGUUGGUGCUCUUGCUACUUGCAGGGGACGAACGAGAUCGCGACGACAAAUCGCUUCAAGGUUCCUCUAUUACGGGACCGACGGCGGAGAUAGGCCCCGAGGUUGACCGGCCAUGGGGAAAGCUCGCUCCUUGCGCAUCUUCUGGAACGACCCGGAUGCCACUGAUUGCUCCGGCGACGAUGAGGACCCCUGCUUUCUUCCGGGGCGCAGCGGGGUGCUGAGGGAUAUUGGACCGCUCCCUUGCUCCGAAGCGAGCAGGCUUCCGAACCGGGUCGGGUCCGCCGCCAGGCCGCGGAAGAAGGCGGCGGCGUCGUCGCCGGCAGGGAGCACUAAAUUCCGGGGCGUGCGGCGGCGUCCGUGGGGGAAGUAUGCGGCGGAGAUCCGCGACCCGUCGAGGGGCGUGCGCGUGUGGCUGGGCACCUUCGACACUGCUGAGGAGGCUGCGCUGGUGUACGACGCCGCCGCUAUCCAGCUACGCGGCCCUGGUGCUACCACCAAUUUCUCGACUUCCGCCGCCGCCGAGUCUCGGGAAAAUAACCCCACCUACGUGUCCGCCGUCUACGAGUCGGACUCCGAGACGCACACGCUCUCAUCUCCGACGUCCGUGCUCCAGGUUUUCUCCGCUGGAGCUGGGGCGGCGGAGGAAGGGUGGACGGAAGGCGGAAUAUGGCUGCCAGAAAGCACGGAGGAGCUGGUAUCCUUCGGAAUCAUGCCGUUAUGUAACGACAUGUGGGAUAUUGGGAUGCCGGAAUCGAUUUUCACAGACGAGGUGGCGGUGGGAUCGGCGUCGUCGUCGGAUUUGGGAUUGGGAUCGUCGACGUGGAAGGGAGACGAUUGGUUCGGAGAGAUCGGCGAUCUGUUCCCCAUCGAACCAAUCCCUGCUCUUCUUUAAUAACAGCUCGUCAUUCAGUAUGUACCAUAGCGGAUGUGAUUAAGACGUUGCGAAACCGGUUUAAAAUCUGUUACCAAAACGGUUUAAAACCGUAUCGGGGAAGCGUCUUUGUUUGCAAAUUUUGUGGAAGUUUUGGGCAUAUAUCGCUUAUAAACGCAGCUAAAUAUUUAUCAAAA